AGGGUUUUAAGCUUUUUUUUCUGGAGGACUCAUAUCUUCUUCUCUCUUAUCAUCUGAGCGGCCAUGGCGCAGUACGAUCUCACACCGCGAAUAGCUCCCAAUUUGGAUCGCCAUUUGGUUUUCCCACUACUUGAGUUCCUUCAAGAACUCCAGCUCCAUCCUGAUGAAGACAUUCUCAAGGCUAAGAUCGAGCUUCUCAACCAUACCAACAUGGUCGACUACGCCAUGGACAUAUACAAGUCCCUCCACCACGCUGAGGAUGUUCCCCAAGAUAUGGUGGAAAGAAGAGCUGAGGUAGUUGGAAGGUUGAAAUCUUUGGAGGAAGCAGCAGCUCCCUUGAUUACAUUCUUGCAAAAUCCAAAUGCAGUUCAGGAGUUGAGAUCUGAUCAACAUCAUAAUAUUCAGCUGCUCAAUGAUAAAUACCAGAUUGGUCCUAAUCAGAUAGAAGCCUUGUAUCAAUAUGCUAAGUUUCAGUUCGAAUGUGGAAACUAUUCCGGUGCUGCUGACUACUUGUUCCAGUAUAGGGCCUUAUGCACUAACAGUGAGAGGAGCUUGAGUGCAUUAUGGGGAAAACUAGCUGCUGAGAUACUGAUGCAGAAUUGGGAUGUUGCCCUCGAAGAACUAAACCGCCUUAAAGAAAAUAUUGAUUCAAAGAAUUUUUCUUCUCCAAUGAGUCAAGUGCAGAGUAGAAUAUGGUUAAUGCAUUGGAGUUUAUUCAUCUUUUUCAAUCAUGAGAAUGGAAGGACACAGAUCAUUGAUCUAUUCAAUCAGGACAAAUACCUUAAUGUUAUUCAGACAAAUGCACCUCAUCUUUUACGGUAUCUGGCUACUGCAUUCAUUGUGAACAAAAGGAGAAGACCUCAAUUCAAAGAUUUUAUAAAGGUAAUCCAGCAGGAGCAGUACUCUUACCAAGACCCCAUCACAGAAUUCCUGGCAUGUGUAUAUAUCAAUUAUGAUUUUGAUGCUGCUCAGAAGAAAAUGAAAGAAUGUGAACAGGUAAUUUUGAAUGACCCAUUCCUUGGCAAACGGGUGGAAGAAGGCAACUUUUCAACUGUACCGUUAAGGGAUGAGUUCCUUGAAAAUGCUCGCCUUUUUAUCUUUGAGACCUAUUGCCGCAUACAUCAGAGAAUCAAAGUGGGGGUACUAGCUGAGAAACUAAAUUUGAACUAUGAAGAUGCGGAGAGUUGGAUUGUGAAUCUGAUCCGAACCUCGAAGCUUGAUGCUAAAAUAGACACCACAUCAGGAACUGUCAUCAUGGAACCCACUUAUCCUAAUGUGUAUGAGCAGUUCAUUGAACAAACGAAGGGACUAUCAGUAAGAACAUACAAACUAGCAAGUCAGGUCCUUGAGCGCACACAAGCUCAAGGCGUGUGAAGUUUCAGGAACUUGAAGAUUUUAUCUUAGGACCGAAACGACUCUUUGUGUUUCUUCUUCUUCUAUAUAUUAAACUUCUUGAGUUGAAGACCUUAACAAGAAAAAGCUAGUCAGCUGAGAUUCUUGAGAUUCUACUUUUUUGGAAUUGAUAUUUUAUUUUCUGCCAAGACAUUAUAUUUAAUACUUUUUUGAUUGUUUCCA